AUGAGCUCCGGCGAGUUUGCUACGAGUCAGCCCCCAUCUGCAGACUUGGCAUUUGCGUCGCAAAAUGCUGCAAGGGUCCGGCCCGUUCAGGGGGCGGCGGUGCAGCGUGAAAGUGAGGAAGGCCGGCAGCAGUGGUGGGGCUUCUGUGAGGCAGAGGGCAAGAACAACCGGCGAGACCCCCAGAGGCACACGCUCCAUUCCCUGCGCCGGUUCUUCCAGCUGCGGGAGCAGGGGACGCUGCCCAAGUUGAGGCCUGGAUAUGGCCAGCCAGACCCGGAGACCCACCAGUACUGGGCUCAGAAGCUCAAGGAUGCGAUGCGAGCGUCGGCAGAUUUGAAGCAGCGGUGGUGGGACUACUGCGACAAGCAGCCAGGGGGCAUGCGCGAUCCGCAGCGCCAUUCUACGAAGUCAAUUCAGACGUUCUUCGAGUUCUAUGCCGGGGAGUAUGGCACGCCCCCCCUCCUCGCCGCAGCCGCCGCGACGGCCGCGGCCAGUCUCGCCAACGACAAGGAGGCUGCUGCCGUAGCCGCGACGUCAAUUGUCACCGCCGUUACGGUCUCUGGGCAGAAAGCGUAUGUCGUCCAGCUCAGAGAGCCC